AGGAGGCCAGCAUAUCUCCGUAGUAGGAGGGGAGGAAGCCAGCAGACCGGCUGAGCAGAGCUGAAAGCGUGACGCAAGCGGGUGACUUUCUCAGCAUUUUGAAUCCACGCAAGGUACGGAGGGGCAGGGAGCAACAGGAUGCAAGAUGGAGGACCCAGCUCAGCUGAAGGAGGAAGGCAACAAGUAUUUUCAGGCUGGCGACUAUGAGAAUGCUAUUAACAGCUACACCAAGGCCAUGAAGCUGAGCAAGGACAAGUCGCUGCAGGCUGUGCUGUACCGGAAUAGGGCGGCAUGCUUCCUGAAGAAGGAGAGCUAUGCCCAAGCAGCAUCGGAUGCUUCUAGAGCGAUUGACAUCAGUGCGUCGGAUAUUAAGGCCCUGUACAGGCGCAGCCAGGCUCUGGAGAGCCUGGGGAAGUUGGACCAAGCCUUCAAAGAUGUCCAGAGAUGUGCCACCAUUGAGCCCAGCAACAAAAACUUCCAGGAGGCCCUGAGGCGGCUGGGAGCCAAAAUUCAGGAAAAGCUGCGCGUUCAGUUCUCCACCGAUGCCCGAGUGCAGAACAUGUUUGAAAUCCUGCUGGAUGGGAGCAGCGAGAGGGAGACGCGGGAAAAGGCGGCAAACAAUCUCAUUGUCCUGGGGCGGGAGGAAGCAGGAGCCGAGCGAAUAUUCCAGAACAAUGGGGUGAAUCUGCUGCUGCAGCUGAUAGAAACCAAAAAUGCUGAGAUGAUCCUUGCAGCCAUAAGGACCCUUUCGGGCAUGUGCACGGGGCACAGGGCACGGGCUACUGCUAUCCUUCACCUCCUGGGAAUUGAUAAAAUGUGCAUGUGGAUGGCAGUGGAUAAUGAAGAAAUCUCUAUGGCUGUUUGCAACCUCCUACAGGCCAUUACAGACUCCUUAUCAGGGGAAGGAAAGGAGGAGCAACAUGGAAAAGAAGAUGCUGUGGUGCUGGACACCAAGAAGGAUUUGAAGAUGAUCACAGUGCACCUGCUGGACAUGCUGGUCAAUAAGAAGGUGUCUGGGCAAGGUCGGGACCAGGCUCUCAACCUGCUCAGCAAGAACAUACCGAGAAAGGAUCUGAAGCUCCACGACAACUCUAGAACCAUCUUCGUCAUUGACACUGGUCUAAAAAAGAUAUUGAAAGUUGUAGGCCAGGUUCCCGAGCUGCCAGGCUGCCUGCCCUUAACAGAGAACACCCAAAUGAUUGCGUCCAUUCUCCUGAAUAAGCUGUAUGACGACCUGCGGUGUGAUCCCGAGCGUGACCACUUCCGAGAGAUCUGUGAGGAGUACAUCAGGAGCAAGGUGGACCCGCAGGACAUGGAUAAGACGCUCCAUGCCAUCCAGACUGUUUCUGGAAUCAUGCAAGGGCCUUUUGACUUGGGCAACAAGCUGCUGGGCAUGAAGGGCAUCAUGGAGAUGAUGGUUGCUUUGUGUGGCUCUGAAAGAGAGAUCGACCAGCUUGUGGCUGUGGAGGCCCUCAUCCACGCCUCCACGAAGCUGAGCCGGGCCACCUUCAUCAUCACCAAUGGAGUGGCACUGCUGAAGGAAGUCUACAAGAAGACCAAGAAUGAGAAGAUCAAAAUUCGUGCUCUAGUGGGUCUUUGCAAGCUGGGAUCAGCGGGAGGAACUGACUAUGGCCUGCGACAAUUUGCUGAGGGGUCCACGGAAAAGCUGGCAAAGCAGUGUCGAAAGUGGCUGUGCAACACCAGCAUUGACACCCGCACCAGGAAGUGGGCUGUGGAAGGUCUGGCGUACCUAACCCUGGAUGCAGACGUGAAAGAUGAGCUUGUGGAAGAUAAGCCAGCCCUGCAAGCCAUGUUUGAAUUAGCGAAGACAAGCGACAAGACUAUCCUGUACUCGGUGGCUUCCACACUAGUGAACUGUACCAACAGUUACGAUGUCAAAGAGCUGGUCCCGGAGCUUGUGCAGCUGGCGAAGUUUUCCAAACAGCAUGUUCCUGAGGAGCACCCCAAGGACAAGAAGGACUUUGUUUGGAAGCGAGUGAAACGGCUGCUCAAUGCUGGUGUCAUUUCUGCUCUGACCUGCAUGGUGAAGGCCGAUAGCGCCAUCUUAACAGACCAGACCAAGGAGCUACUAGCCAGGGUCUUCCUGGCCUUGUGUGAGGAUCCCAAGGACCGUGGUACCAUCGUCGCGCAAGGUGGUGGCAAGGCCCUGAUACCUCUGGCUCUGGACGGUACAGAAGUCGGCAAGGUAAAGGCUUCUCAUGCCUUAGCCAAAAUUGCAGCCAUCUCCAAUCCAGACAUAGCAUUCCCAGGCGAGAGGGUGUAUGAGGUGGUGCGGCCGCUGGUCAGCUUGUUGAAUACAGAGAGAGAUGGGCUACAGAACUAUGAGGCCCUGUUAGGCCUCACUAACUUGUCAGGAAGAAGUGAUAAGCUCAGGCUGAAGAUAAUCAAAGAGAAAGCCCUGCCUGACAUCGAGAACUACAUGUUUGAGAACCACGACCAGCUCCGCCAGGCAGCCACAGAGUGCAUGUGCAACAUGGUUGUCAACAAAGAGGUUCAAGAGAGAUUUCUGGCCGAUGGAAACGACCGGCUCAAGCUGGUUGUGUUGCUGUGCGGCGAGGACGACACAAAGGUGCAGAAUGCAGCAGCAGGAGCCCUGGCCAUGCUGACCGCGGCGCACAAGAAACUCUGCCAUAAGAUGACCCAAGUGACAACACAGUGGCUGGAAAUCCUGCAGAGGCUCUGCUUGCACGAGAAGUUGGAGGUGCAACACCGGGGACUAGUGGUUGCUUGCAACCUCAUCCACGCAGACCAAGAGCUGGCCAAGAAACUGGUGGAGAGUGAGAUGCUGGAGAUCCUGACACUCAUUGGAAAACAGGCAGACGACGCCACCAAACAGCACGUCAUUAAUGUGGCUCGCGAGUGUCUCGUGAAGUGCAUGGACUAUGGGCUGAUCAAACCUUUCUCCCAGGCAUAAGACCCAGGUCACGCCAGCUGGUGAGAGAUACCAAGCAGGAGGAGAAAACAUGCGGAAGGUCUGGAAGUGGACCGGAUCCACGAAGGAAAUCCAGUUGAAUUGCAGAGGCUUUGAGUACAGGGCAUACUUUUUGGGGAAAAAUACAUUUGAGUUAAGUCCUAGUCAAUCCUGGGGGUUAAGAUUUCAUCCCUAGCCAUGAACACACCAAACUUGCCAUGAAAGAAUCAAUGCCUGCAAUGUAUUUAGCUGCCAUUGGUUCAGAAAACAACAAAACAAAAAAAAACCACAACUUUUUGUAUGUCACCAAUUCCAAGUGGUGACAGAAGAACAGAGGUGAAUGGCUGAAGUCUCACCUCACGUUCAGAAAGAAGUUUGGUUGGCUUUUUGAAAAUAUUUGGUGGUGUUCUUAUCCCUGGAAUGCAAAUAAUAGUGAGAAUAUUCAAUGGAUUCUUUAUGAAUAAAUUCCAAUUUCCAUCCUG